GCCUCUGCUGUGCAGCCAAUAGGUUUUCACAUCGUGGCAGGAACUCAGAGGAAAGAGUAAAGUGGCCCCUCCUGAAAAACGUGAGGAGGACGAGGAGCGCCACAUGCUCUUUAUUGAGAGGUGCCAUCAGAGGGGAAUUGAUCUCUUCUGCCUGGGCACUUGGUGCUGGACAGCAAUGAGAGAGGAGAAAUGAUAAGCCAUGAUGAUGAUGCUGUAGAGAGACACAGCCUGAGAGCGCCUGAAGAGACAGAAGCUGCCCAAAGAGGCAAAAAACCCCUGGACUGGCAUUUUUCCAAAAGAAGGACAGGGAAUCACCAUAAUUAUCAGGGUAGAGGAAUCACAUCUAAGCGUACCAUCUUAAUUGCAUGCAUUAUUAUCCUCCUCUUCCUCAUCACCAUCAUUGCUCUUGCUGUCCAGAGAGGGGGGAAAUCCAACCAGACUUCCCCUGAAGUGAAUAACUGUGCUGUUUUGGGACCAGUGUGCCCAGCUGGCUGGGUUGGCUAUGAAGGGAAGUGUUACUUUUUCUCAGAAGAAGAAAGAAACUGGACAUCUGCCCAGAGCUUUUGUAUUUCCCAGGGCUCUUCUCUGGCUGCAAUUCAGAGUGAGCUGGAAAAGGUGUUCACGCUCCGGUUCAAGGGCGAAGCUGACCAUUGGAUUGGCCUCCGGAAGGACUUCAAUGAUACCUGGAUAUGGGCAGAUGGGUCAGAAUACUCUAACACGUUGGUAGUGAAAGGAAGUGAAAACUGUGCCUAUCUAAGCAAGGAGUUUGCCAUUGCCUCCCGUUGCCACAUACCGAUAAAGUGGAUCUGCAGUCACCCUGAUGCGUAUAUGAGGAAUGAAAACUCUACAGCAGGAAAAGUCAUAUGCCAAGAGGAAUUAUGGUAAGUCCCAGGGAUAUUGUUAUUAGAGUUCCGAACAGGACCAAAUUUCUUUGCAAAGAACCCUGAGGACACGAGUGCACCAUGUGUGCAGCAUGUGUAAAUUUCAGUUUGGUAUUAUCUAGAUUCAAGGCUUUUUAAAAUUGUAUUUAUGUAUCAUAAAUUUUUUAAAAAUUAGCAAAACGGUUUUUUUGGUAAAAGAUCUUUUAAGAAGUUGUGUAAAUGCCUUUUUAUUUUUUAUUUUUAUCUGCAUUUUUUAUACAAAAGCAGAAAAGAAAAACAAUCUAUCCCACAUCCCCUUCCCUCCACCCCUCAGUUGUACAACUUUGAUAUCAAUCUCAACAUACAAAUAAAUGUCUGAUAACUUCCCUUCCACCCUUUUCUUGGUUUCUUUACCUUUCUGCUAAAUAGCGUAUUCCAAAUUUUUAAUCUUCAACAUUCCUUUUUUGUUAAAUGCUGUUAAUUCUGUUGAUUUCUAUUCUGCUGGAUUUAUUCAAGACCUGCUGGGUUAUUUACUUGUUGUUGUUUAGUCAUUUUGUUGUGUCCGACUCUUCGUGACCCCAUGGACCACAGCACUGCCAGGCACUUGUUACUUAUUUAUACUGGUUCUUAAAAUAUUCAAUAAACGUUUUCCAAUCCUCCUUA